AUGUCAGGUCUUUCAUCAACAGGUAUUCGCAUCGCUAUCGAUCGCGGUGGAACCUUCUGUGAUUUCUGGGCUACUAUCCCCGGAAGAGAGGACGAUAUUGUCUUCAAGCUUCUCUCCAACGAUCCGAAUGAAUACGACGAUGCCCCGAUCGAAGGAAUCCGCAAGAUUCUGGAGAUCGCCAGUGGUAGCGAGAUUCCCCGCGGCACCCCACUAGACAUUGGAGGUGUGGAGUCAAUCCGCAUGGGAACAACAGUGGCUACCAAUGCACUGCUCGAACGCAAAGGCGAACGUGUCGCUUUGUUGAUAACUAAGGGAUUUAAAGAUCUCUUGAUUAUUGGAAACCAAGCACGGCCGAGCAUCUUCGACUUAUCAGUGGCCAAACUCGGUCGACUAUACGAGAAGGUGAUCGAGGUUGACGAGCGAGUAACGAUCGAAGGCUUUGCAGAAGAUCCCGAGCCUGCGCCGAUUGACAUUGCAUCCAGCCCGGACCUUGUGGAAGGCCUCACGGGCGAAGCGAUUCGCAUUCUGAAGAAGCCCGACGUUGAUGCCAUUAGAAAGGAUCUGCAGGCUCUCUGGGAUGAGGGUUAUCGCACACUCGCCAUUGCAUUAAUGCAUUCAUUUGCCUACCCUACCCACGAAGCGGCCAUUGCUACAGUUGCCCGUGAAAUGGGCUUCAAGAUUUCGGUGUCUUCGGAAUUGCAGCCGAUGAUUAAGUUGGUUCCUCGUGCUCAGUCAGCUACAGCAGAUGCCUACCUCUCUCCAGUUGUUGCGGAAUAUCUAAAUGGCUUCCGUCAAGGAUUCAAGGGGAGCCUGGAGGAUGAGAACGCGAAAAAGCUGCUUCUCUGUCAAUCGGACGGAGGUCUAACAGCGUUUGACCGGUUCACGGGUCUUCGAGCCAUCUUGUCAGGUCCUGCAGCCGGUGUCAUAGGCUGUGCAAAGACUUGCUAUGACCCUGAAGAAGGAACGCCGGUUCUUGGCUUCGACAUGGGAGGUACCAGCACCGACGUCUCACGGUAUAAUGGCUCUCUCGACCACGUGCUGGAAACAACAAUCGCCCAAGUUGCCCUUCAAAGCCCACAACUAGAUGUCCACACGGUCGCUGCUGGUGGUGGUUCUAUUCUAUUCUGGCGAAACGGGUUGUUCGCCGUUGGGCCCGAGUCCGCCGGUGCAUAUCCCGGUCCUGCGUGUUAUGGUAAUGGCGGGCCGUUGACCAUCACUGACGCAAAUUUCCUCUUGGGCCGCAUUCUCCCAGACUAUUUUGCCAGGCCAUUGGAUACAACUGUCGUGCAAAAGAAGUUCCUCGAACUAACCGAGACGGUCAACGCGGAGAAGAAGUCUUCCGACAAAUUAACUCCCGAACAAGUAGCCAUGGGGUUCUUGAUGGUGGCGAACGCCGCGAUGGCUAGACCUAUUCGUGCCCUGAGUGAAGGUCGAGGAUUCGAGACUGCUGCUCAUCAUCUCGUCUGCUUUGGCGGUGCCGGUGGUCAGCACGCGACCGCUAUUGCGCGCGAUCUCGGCAUCCAGCGGGUUCUGAUUCAUCGACUAUCCAGUAUCCUAUCGGCCUAUGGUCUGGCGCUGGCUGAUGUGGUUGUUGAGACCCAGGAGCCCGAGGCCUCCGUUUUCAGUGCAGACUCAGCUACGCGACUUGAAAAGCGAUUCAGUCAGCUUGAGCACCGUGCAAGCGAACAAUUAGCAUCGGAAGGAUUUGGCAAAGAUCAAGUCAAGCACGAACGCUUUCUCAACAUGAGAUACAAGGGAAGUGACACUGCAUUAAUGAUCCCUUCGCCUGAAACCCCCUCCGAGACCUUCUCGGAUGCCUUCAUCGCUCAGCAUCAGACCCUGUUCGGAUUCACACAACCUCGAGAAAUUCUGGUCGACGACGUCCGAGUCCGGUCAGUGGGAAAGAGCAUGGAGGUCAAGGUCACCAGUCCCUUUGAGGAGAUGAGAGCAGUGGAACCGAAGCGAAACGCCGACCUUAGACCAGCUCAUACGCGUGACAUCUACUUUGAGGGUACUGGAUGGACAUCGUCUGCCAUUCAUCACCUCAAGGACAUUCCCAAAGGGAGUGUGAUACUCGGACCAGCCAUGAUCAUCGACGAGACGCAAACUAUCGUCGUGGACCCCGCAAGCGAAGCCACUAUACUAAAAGAGCACGUCGUGAUCAACUUACUUGACUCGGAAACCAAGGGCGUGAAUGCGACGGAGGUGGAUCCUGUACAGCUUUCAGUCUUCGGGCACCGAUUCAUGAGUGUAGCCGAGCAGAUGGGCGAAACGAUGCGCAAAACCUCCAUCUCAACCAACAUCAAAGAACGUCUCGACUACAGCUGUGCCAUUUUCUCCAGCGACGGCCGCCUCGUCGCCAACGCCCCUCACAUCCCCGGCCACCUAGGCUCCAUGAGUUACGCCAUCGCCUACCAAGCGAAGCUCUAUGGCCCAGGCGAGCUGAAGCCCGGAGACGUCAUUCUCUCCAACCACCCCAUCUCCGGCGGCACGCACCUCCCCGACCUUACCGUCACGACCCCUGUCUUCGACGAGGACGAUCCGACAAAGAUCCUCUUCUUCGUCGCCAACCGCGGCCACCACGCAGACAUCGGCGGCAUCGCCGCCGGCUCCAUGCCCCCCAACUCGACCGCGCUCUGGCAAGAAGGCGCGGCCGUCGAAUCCUUCAAAAUGGUCAAAGAAGGCAUCUUCGACGAAGAAGGCCUCAUCUACCACCUCUACGACGCACCCGGCAGCUACCCCGGCUGCAGCGGCACCCGCACCCUCAAGGACAACAUCGCCGACUUGAAGGCCGGCAUCGCCGCUAACCACCGCGGCAUCCAGCUCAUCCAGGGCCUCAUCCGCGAAUACAGCUGGCCCGUCGUGCAGCUCUACAUGCACGCCAUCCAGAAGAACGCCGAAGACACCGUCCGCUCCCUCCUCAAGGACUUCAGCCGUCGCUUCCAAGGGUACCCCCUCGAGGCUGUGGAUUACAUGGAUGACGGGUCGCCCUUGGCCCUCAAAAUCACCAUCAACCCGUCCGACGGGUCCGCGAAGUUCGACUUCACAGGAACCGGGCCCCAAGCACUCAAUAACCUCAACGCGCCCCCAGCAAUCAUGUACAGCGGCAUCAUGUACUGUCUACGGUCCAUGAUCUCAGCCGACAUACCGCUGAACCAAGGGUGUCUGAACCCGAUCGAGCUGAUCUUUCCUCCCAACUCGAUCCUCUCGCCCGAUAAGACAGCCGCGACGGUGGGCUCGAAUGUGGAGACCUCGCAGCGCGUCGUCGACGUCAUUCUCAAGGCGUUCCGCGUGUCCGGCGCCAGCCAGGGGACGUGCAAUAACCUGACGUUCGGAUACGGGGGGACAGACGCGAACGGGGUCGUGACGAAGGGAUUCGGAUACUACGAGACGAUCGCGGGCGGUGCAGGGGCCGGCGCGAACUGGGACGGCCAGGACGGGGUGCAUACGCAUAUCACGAACACGCGGAUGACGGACCCCGAGACGCUGGAGAAGCGGUACCCGGUGCUUUUGCGGGAGUUUUCGAUUCGCAGGGGGAGUGGGGGCGCGGGGCGUCAUCGUGGUGGCGAUGGGUGUGUGCGUGAUAUCGAGCUGCGGAGGCCGAUGCAGGUGAGUAUUUUGUCGGAGAGGAGGGUGAUUUCGCCGUAUGGGAUGGCGGGAGGGGAGGAUGGGACGAGAGGCGUGAAUCUGUGGGUGAGGAAUGAUGAGGUGACGGGCGCGCAGCAGACUAUUAGUAUUGGGAGUAAGGCCAGUGUGGCGAUGGAGACGGGGGAUCGGAUCAUUAUUCAGACGCCGGGGGGAGGCGGGUAUGGGGUUUCUGAAGAGAUGAAGAGGAAGGUGGAGGUGCUGGGCGAGUUUACGAUGGAUCAGCCGGGGAUUUAUUGA